AUUGCGUUAAAUAGUUGAAUUUUAUCAUAAUAUCUUGUCGAGAAGAUGGGUAAUGGGAUGUGUUGGUUAUGCACGUUUGACCGUUUGAGAUGUCACGUGUUGAAAAGGGGAUGAAACGCAGUAGAUGUAACUAUUUGUUGCAGUUGCUGUAUCAGACAAACGCAUGCAAAUCAGUUACUUUAGAAAGACUGGCGCUCCUUACAAAUACAUUGUUUUCAACAGUAUAUAAUAGCUUUUUAAAAUACAAUAUUAAAAAUGUCGAUUUUUUUUUAGUGUUGUCACUGUUAGACUGCAACACUUCUGUAAGUAUAACCUUUGACCAGUCACGUGACCAUCAAACGUACUCCCGAAUCUGGGUAUUGUAGGACGAAAGAAAUGAAGUUUUUAAAACUUUUCGGACGAUUUAAAUCAAAUGUCAUUGGCAUGAUUCACGUUCAAGCCCUGCCGGGGACUCCAUUAAACAGCACAACUGUGUCGGGGAUCACAGAGAAAGCAUGUCGAGAAGCGGACAUUUACCACCAAGCAGGGCUUGAUGGAGUGAUCAUUGAAAACAUGCAUGAUAUUCCUUACACCCUUGAGGCGGGUCCAGAGGUGUGUGCAUCUAUGACCGCUGUGUGUGCUGCUGUUAGAAGGCUUUAUCCAUCCUGGCCACUUGGUGUACAGAUCCUCUCUGCUGCAAACAAAUCAGCGCUGGCCGUUGCCUUGGCAUCAGGGUUGGAUUUUAUCCGUGCGGAGGGCUUUGUGUUUUCGCAUGUAGCUGAUGAAGGCCUGCUAAAUGCUUGUGCUGGUGAGCUACUGCGCUACCGUAGACACAUCGGAGCAGAGCACAUUCAGAUCUUUACAGACAUCAAGAAGAAGCACAGUGCCCAUGCCCUCACUUCAGAUGUGAGUAUAGCUGAGACAGCCAAAGCAGCUGAGUUCUUCCUCUCUGAUGGAGUCAUCGUCACAGGAACGGCAACUGGAGCGCAAGCUGAUCCAGAAGAAUUAAGGGAGGUUACCCAAUCUGUACGAAUCCCUGUUCUUAUCGGUUCUGGAGUAACACACAGCAAUGUGGAGCACUACCUUCAAGCAGGUGCUAUGAUCAUUGGCUCCCACUUCAAAAAAGAUGGCUAUUGGGCAAAUGAUCUGGAUGCAGAGAGAGUGAAAAAGUUCAUGGAGAAGAUGCACAAACUUCGUGACUAAAGGCAAAGCUGUUAAAACAAGUGAAUACUGUAUUUGUUUUCUUGUAACAGAAGAACGAGAAAAUUUGGUUAAACAAUUCAAAUACAGUUAAAAAAACAAGACUUAAUGUGAUGAAAAAAUAUUUUUAAUUUUUAUAAAGAUUUUACAAAUGUAUUCUUGAAGAUAGAAAAUAAAACCUCAAAAUGCA